AAUCUUUAAACAUGGAGUAUUAUUGAUGUGGAAAAAUGGCAGCCACCCUGUCAUUUCGUUGGCUAGAUAUAUUGGAAAAGGAAUUUGACAAAGCCUUCGUAGAUUUAGAUUUACUCUUAGGGGAGAUCGAUCCAGAUCAAUGUGAGCUCACGUAUGAUGGGAGGCAGAAGAUGACUGCACUCAGUGCUGCGUUUGCUCAACUAUGCCACAAAUCUCAGACCGUAUUCCAGUCCAACGCUAAAAUAGAGGCACAGUUAGUGGACAUGAGGGCAGACCUGGUAGAGAUGAGAUCAGCUAAAGAACACGUAGAGAGAGAACUCCACAAUGUAUUGCUUCAACUACAUUCCACCCAGCUUCAGAUUCAGUCUCAGAAAGGAAUUGAAGUAGAUUCCACUACAAUCCAGAAAAAAGUGGAAGAAGAAAUGAAGGUUAAAACAGCAGGAGGCUCGACACUGGAGCGAGUGGAGGCGGAGGUGAAGGAGUUACGGAGUGAGAACGAGGAGCUGAGGCAGUAUAUACUGGCUCUACAGGGAGAGGUGUACGGGGCCAGGCUAGCAGCCAAAUACCUAGACAAAGAGUUAGCAGGAAGAAUACAACAGAUCCAGUUGUUGGGUCGUGACAUGCGAGGGGCGGAGCAUGACAAACUCUGGAAUCAGUUAGAAGCAGAAAUCCAUCUCCAUCGACACAAAACUGUUAUACGUGCAUGUAGGGGGCGAACUAAUCGAAAGAAAAAACUCCAGAUGCCAGAGGGGCAUGAUUUUCAGUCCCUUCGUAAACAACAUGGUCUGGGGGAGACAAGAAAAGUGACCAUCAAGAAGGGAGAAGAGGAGGGUCUAGGCCUGUCAAUCACAGGAGGAAAAGAACAUGGUGUUCCAAUUCUGAUCUCAGAAAUCCAUGAGGGUCAGCCAGCAGAUAAAUGUGAUGCACUGUAUGUAGGAGACGCUAUCCUGUCUGUCAAUGGUAUCGACCUACGGGAAUCCAAGCAUGCUGAGGCCGUCCAUGUACUGUCACAACAGCUGGGUGACAUUGAGCUGGAGGUGAUGUUUGUGGCUCCUGAUGAAGAUAGCGAUGAUGAACAGAGCCAGGUGGGGGAAGAUGAGAAUGGAUUCAGAUACAGGAUUUAUGAUGAAGAUGUUCUGAGCAGCAGUAGUGAGGCAGAAAUACGCAGACAUGUAGGUCAAAGGUCAGCCCUGCCCCCAAAUGUCAACGGAACAAUGUCAUCAUCUGCUUCAGUCCAACACAGUCCUUCAAGAUUUGAACAAUCUAAAGGAAAUCCAGCUGCUAAUCACUUGAAGUCUGAGGGUAGAGGACCUAGUUCUCCCAGUGUUGAUGUGGGGGUGAUACAAGCUAACGGUUUACAACAGACAAACUCUGUAGAUCAGAACGCCAUGUUCAACAGUGAUUACACCUAGUCUAUAGUGCCAGUGUCUCCAUACCAGAGUGAUAUGUAAUAUUCCCUUUUUAUGUGUAUCAUUCAUUUUAAGUGCUUUUUUCUGUAUGAUUUCUUUUAAAAUGCCAAUAAUCAGUUGACAAUUGAUUGGAAUAACUAAAUAACAAAUUCUUAUCUCAAGAAAGAACAAAAACUUAACUCCUUGUUAAUAUUGUGCUUUCAUGCCAUCAUUGUGAUACUUUCAAUGUAUAUGAACUUCAACCUUAUGUUUUUCCUUAUCAUCACAUGUAUAUCUGUCGUUUAUCAUAAGCAAUCUGGAAAUAUGCAUGGUAUUUAUUUAUUUUUAUUUCUUAAUCUGGCAGUUAUAUGCCUGAAAACACAUAUUUAUCGUUUUAAAAGUAUAAUGACUAAUUUAUGGACACAUACAAGUUUGAGUUACUUCUUUACAAUCAUUUGUAAUGUGCAUAAUCUAUUCCUUGAUAAGCUUGAUUUCUGUAUAUUGUUGUAACUGAGAAGCAGCAACAGGGCUGCAGUUGUUUAUUGUAUAAUGUGGAUCAUCUUUUAAAUAUUACAAACUUAAGUCAUCUGAAUAUCAUUUUAGUAAUUUUAAAACUGUAAAGGGAAUUUGCCUUCAGUAUUACAAUUUGACUGUAUAACUGUUUUUCUGUUGGAAUAAGUAACCACUGCAUACUAGGAAUAAAAACAAUAUUCCCUUGGAGUAAAAAUAAAAUAUAUUCUAAGAAUUUUUUGUAGAUUUACUGAGAUUAAUAGG